AGACCAGGAGUCUGUCCGGCGGUCGCAGCCUCCAAGCCUCCGCAGCCUGCGCGGGAAGCGGCUACAGCCUCCAAGAAAAGGUCUCGCCUGGGACUGCCCCCUCUUCCUCGCCGGGGGACCAUGGCACGGAAGCUGGCUGCGCGCUGGAACUGGAUACUCUUGGUCCGCAUCGUCUGCAGCACCUGGUACCUGCUAUUUGUCCCUGAACAGGUAUGCGGAGACCAAAAUGAAGGGCUUGUUUUCCUGAGGGAAUUUCCACUGGUUCGAAGAGAGAACUUUUAUGAAGAUUUCCUGUCUGAACUCUUGAAUAGUCACAAAACUGAAGACCCGAGCUCCAGGACAACACGCUCUGAGGAGGACAGGGACAGCCUGUGGGACGCCUGGGGCCCAUGGAGCGAGUGUUCACGCACCUGCGGUGGAGGGGCCUCCUACUCACUAAGACGCUGUCUUAGCAGCAGGAGCUGUGAGGGAAGAAAUAUUCGCUAUAGAACAUGCAGUAAUGUGGACUGUCCACCAGAAGCAGGUGAUUUCCGGGCCCAGCAAUGCUCAGCUCAUAAUGAUGUCAAGCACCAUGGCCAGUUUUAUGAAUGGCUUCCUGUGUCUAAUGACCCUGACAACCCAUGUUCACUCAAGUGCCAGGCAAAAGGAACAGCCCUGGUUGUUGAACUAGCGCCAAAGGUCUUAGAUGGGACUCGUUGCAACACAGACUCUUUGGAUAUGUGCAUCAGCGGUUUAUGCCAGAUUGUUGGCUGUGAUCACCAGCUGGGAAGCAUCGCCAAGGAAGAUAACUGUGGAGUUUGCAACGGAGAUGGGACCACCUGCAGGCUGGUCCGAGGGCAGUAUAAAUCCCAGCUCUCCGCAACCAAAUUGGAUGACACUGUGGUUGCUAUUCCCUAUGGAAGCAGACAUGUUCGCCUUUUCUUAAAAGGACCUGAUCACUUGUAUCUGGAAACCAAAACCCUCCAGGGAGCUAAAGGGGAAAACAGUCUCAGCUCUACAGGCAUCUUUCUUGUGGACAAUUCUAGUGUGGACUUCCAGAAAUUGCCAGACAAAGAGGUCCUGAAAAUGGCUGGACCACUCUCAGCAGAUUUCAUUGUUAAGAUCCGCAACUCGGGUCCUGCUAACAGCACAGUCCAGUUCAUCUUCUAUCAGCCUAUCAUCCACCGCUGGAGGGAGACGGAUUUCUUUCCUUGCUCAGCAACCUGUGGAGGAGGCUACCAGCUGACAUCGGCUGAGUGUUACGAUCUUCGGAGCAACCGUGUGGUUGCUGAUCAAUACUGUCACUAUUACCCAGAGAACAUCAAACCCAAGCCCAAACUUCAGGAGUGCAACCUGGAUCCUUGUCCAGCCAGUGACGGAUACAAGCAGAUCAUGCCUUAUGACCUCUACCAUCCCCUUCCUCGGUGGGAGGCCACCCCGUGGACCGCGUGCUCCUCCUCGUGUGGGGGGGGCAUCCAGAGCCGGGCAGUUUCCUGUGUGGAGGAGGACAUCCAGGGUCAUGUGACCUCAGUGGAAGAGUGGAAAUGCAUGUACACCCCUAAGAUGCCCAUCGUGCAGCCCUGCAACAUUUUUGACUGCCCUAAAUGGCUGGCACAGGAGUGGUCUCCGUGCACUGUGACAUGUGGCCAGGGCCUCAGGUAUCGCGUGGUUCUCUGCAUCAACCAUCGAGGAAUGCACACAGGAGGCUGCAGCCCCAAAACCAAGCCCCACAUUAAAGAGGAGUGCAUCGUGCCCACCCCCUGCUAUAAACCCAAAGAGAAACUUCCAGUAGAGGCCAGGGGGCCGCGGUACAAACAAGCUCAAGAGCUAGAAGAAGGAGCCUCUGUGUCAGAAGAGCCCUCGUUCAUCGCCGAGGCCUGGUCGGCCUGCACCGUUACCUGUGGCGUGGGGACCCAGGUGCGAAUAGUCAAGUGCCAGGUGCUCCUGUCUUUCUCUCAGUCUGUGGCUGACCUGCCUGCCGACGAAUGUGAAGGACCCAAGCCGGCGUCCCAGCGAGCCUGCUAUGCAGGACCGUGCAACGGGGAAGUUCCUGAGUUUAACCCAGGACAGACAGAUGGCCUCCUCGGUGGCCUGCAGGAUUUUGACGAGCUAUAUGACUGGGAGUAUGAGGGCUUCACCAAGUGCUCUGAGUCAUGUGGAGGAGGUGUCCAGGAGGCUGUGGUGAGCUGCCUGAACAAACAGACGCGGGAGCCUGCUGAUGAGAACCUGUGCGUGACCAGCCGCCGGCCCCCGAAGCUUCUGAAAGCCUGCAGUUUGGAUCCCUGCCCAUCAAGAUGGGAAAUUGGCAAGUGGAGUCCAUGCAGUCUCACCUGUGGGGUUGGCCUGCAGACCAGAGAUGUCUUCUGCUCCCAAAUACGCUCCAGAGAGAUGAAUGAAACAGUGAUCCUGGCUGAUGAUCUGUGUCGCCAGCAGAAGCCCGUCACAGUGCAAGCUUGUAACCGUUUCAACUGUCCCCCUGCCUGGUACCCUGCGCAAUGGCAGCCGUGUUCCAGGACCUGCGGAGGGGGUGUUCAGAAGCGUGAGGUUCUUUGCAAGCAGCGCAUGGCUGAUGGCAGCUUCCUGGAGCUUCCUGAGACCUUCUGUUCAGCCCCAAAACUGGCCUCCCAGCAAGCCUGCAAGAAAGAUGACUGUCCCAGUGAAUGGUUUCUCUCUGAAUGGACAGAGUGUUCCACGACCUGCGGCGAGGGCACCCAGACGCGAAGUGCCAUUUGCAGGAAGGUGCUGAAAACCGGGGUCUCGGCUGCUGUCAAUUCCUCCCUGUGUCCCCCCCUGCCAUUCUCUUCGUCAAUCAGGCCAUGUAUGCUGGCAACCUGUGCAAGGCCCGGGAGGCCAUCCACAAAGCACAGCCCACACAUUGAGGCCGCAAGGAAGGUAUACAUCCAGACCCGCAGGCAGAGGAAGCUGCACUUCGUAGUGGGUGGAUUCGCAUACCUGCUCCCCAAGACCGCAGUGGUGCUCCGGUGCCCCACACGGCGCUUCCGCAAGCCGCUCAUCACCUGGGAAAAAGAUGGCCAGCACCUGAUCAGCUCUGCCCACGUCACCGUGGCCCCUUUUGGCUACUUAAAGAUCCACCGCCUCAAGCCCUCUGAUGCAGGCAUCUACACCUGCUCGGCAGGACCAGCCCGGGAGCAGUUUGUGAUUAAGCUCAUUGGAGGCAACCAGAAGCUGGUGACCCGGCCCACGAGCCUCAGGAAUGAUGAAGAGGCCCUCCGGGUGAGGAAGGCCAACCCCAAGGAAGCCCUACAGACCCACAAACACCAGAACGGAAUCUUCUCUAAUGGCAGCAAGGCUGAGAAGCGGGGCCUCGCUGCUGAUCCGGGGAGCCACUAUGACGACCUUGUCUCUCGGCUGCUAGAGCAGGGGGGCUGGCCUGGAGAGCUCCUGGCCUCGUGGGAGGUCCAGGACUCUACGGAAAGGAACACAUCCUCAGAGGAGGACCCGAAUGCUGAGCAGGCCCUCCUGCACCUGCCCUUCACCAUCGUGACUGAGCAGCAGCGCCUAGACGACAUCCUCCGGAACCUCUCCCAGCAGCCAGAGGAGAUUCGGGAUGUCUACAGCAAGCAUCUGGUGGCCCAGCUGGCCCAGGAGAUUUUCCGCAGCCAGGUCGAGCACCAGGACACACUCCUCAAGACGCCUGAGCAGAGGAUUCCCCCUGUGGCCAUCCCACCUCGAAAACCUGUGUCCAGCUUCACCAGCAUGCUCCGGUCCUCCUCCUCUGGGGAGGCAGGGGGCAGCUCCCGCCGGCCACACCGCAAGCCCACCAUCUUGAGGAAGAUCUCAGCUGCCCAGCAGCUCUCUGCCUCCGAAGUGGUCACUCAUCUUGGGCAGACUGUGGCCCUGGCCAGUGGGACACUAAGUGUGCUUCUGCACUGUGAAGCCGUAGGCAACCCCCGACCUACCAUCAGCUGGGCCAGGAAUGGAGAAGAGGUUCAGUUCAGUGACAGGAUUCUUCUACAGCCAGAUGAUUCCUUACAGAUUCUGGCACCAGUGGAAGCUGAUGUGGGUUUCUACACUUGUAACGCGACAAAUGCCUUGGGAUAUGACUCUGUCUCCAUUGCCGUCACAUUAGCAGGAAAACCAUUAGUGAAAACAUCACGAGCGACUGUGAUCAACACGAAGGAGCCUGCCAUCACCAUGGAUAUAGGAAGCACCAUCAAAACAGUGCGGGGGGUGAAUGUGACAAUUAACUGCCAAGUUGCAGGUGUGCCUGAACCUGAAGUCACUUGGUUCAGGAAUAAAAGUAAACUGGGCUCCUCUCACCAUGUGCACGAGGGAUCCUUGCUACUCACAGACGUGUCCCCCUCGGAUCAGGGCCUCUACUCCUGCCGGGCAGCCAACGUGCAUGGAGAGCUGACUGAGAACACCCAACUUCUGAUCCUAGAUCCUCCCCAAGUCCCCACGCAGUUGGAAGAUAUCAGAGCCUUGCUUUCAGCCACUGGACCAAACCUUCCUUCAGUGCUGACGUCUCCUCUGGGAACACAGCUGGUCCUGGAUCCUGGGAAUUCCGUUCUCCUUGGCUGCCCCAUCAAAGGUCACCCUACCCCCAAUAUUACCUGGUUCCACGAUGGCCGGUCAGUUGCCACUGUCACAGGAUUGAUACAUCAUGUUUUGGCAGCUGGACAGAUUCUCCAGGUUGCAAACCUAAAUGGUGAGACUCAAGGGGAAUUCAGUUGCCUUGCUCAGAACGAGGCAGGAGAGCUCGUGCAGAAGGCCUCUCUUGUCAUCCAAGAUUACUGGUGGUCUGUGGACCGACUGGCAACCUGCUCAGCCUCCUGUGGUAACAGGGGCGUUCAGCAGCCCCGCCUGAAGUGUCUCCUGAAUAGCACAGAGGUCAGCCCCACUCACUGCGCAGGGAAGGUUCGCCCUGCUAUGAAUCCUGUCCCCUGCAACCGGCGAGACUGCCCUUCUCGCUGGAUGGUGACUUCCUGGUCUGCCUGUACCAGGAGCUGCGGAGGAGGCAUCCAGACCCGCCGGGUGACCUGUCAGAAGCUGAAAGCCUCUGGGAUCUCCACUCCUGUGUCCAAUGACAUGUGCACACAGCUUGCCAAACGACCGGUCGAUACCCAGGCCUGUAACCAACAGCUCUGUGUGGAGUGGGCCUUCUCUAGCUGGGGCCAGUGCAAUGGGCCUUGCAUCGGGCCUCACCUCGCUGUGCAACACAGACAAGUCUUCUGCCAGACACUGGAUGGCAUCACCUUACCAUCAGAGCAGUGCAGUGCCCUUCCGAGGCCCGUGAGCACCCAGAACUGCUGGUCAGAAGCCUGCAGCGUACACUGGAGGGUCAGCCUGUGGACCCUGUGCACGGCGACCUGUGGCAACUACGGCUUCCAAUCCCGGCGCGUGGAGUGUGUGCAUGCCCGCACCAACAAGGCAGUGCCUGAGCACCUGUGCUCCUGGGGACCCCGGCCUGCCAACUGGCAGCGCUGCAACAUCACCCCGUGUGAAAACAUGGAGUGCAGAGAUACCACCAGGUACUGCGAGAAGGUGAAACAGCUCAAACUCUGCCAACUCAGCCAGUUCAAGUCUCGCUGCUGUGGAACCUGUGGCAAAGCGUGAAGACGGGGCACAGGGAAGAACUCCACCCUGGCCGCACAAAGGACUCACGCAACCACCUUGAACAGAACUUAAGCUUUCUUCAUUUUAUUUAUUUAUUUCCCCCUCCCUGCCCCCAACCACACACCCUCAUCCAACCCCCUCCCCCAGCACACCCCCAGACGUGAGGACCUCAGUAUGUCUUCUCUUUCAGUUAUAUGGAGGACAGGAUGUUGGGAAAGGACAAGGACAGAGGUCUAAAGGAGGUUGCAGAGCUGACCAGGCCAGAUCGCCGGAGCUCCCUUGCAAACGUGGGUCCUGAAGAGACCUAGAAAGAGGCAGGCACAGCCCCUGGGGACAGCAAGGAGCCAGAGCUCCCAGCAGGCAGGAAGGCAAGGGUCCCAGAUGGUUUGUAAAGCAUCGGUCCAGACUUUGGACAACCAACUGGGUCUUUCCUGGUGGUGCACUGUUAACACAGGAAUGUGCUGUCCCUCUCUCCUCCUCUGCCUUUGCCCCUCGGCCUUGGGAAGGGCAAGCAGAGACAGGGGACACUGCGCUGGGGCAGAACUCAGCUCUUCUGGUUUGAGGGGGCAGGGAGAGCACAGAGCAAUGAGAACUCAGAACAUGGACAUGUGGGAGUCAAGGAGGAGACAAUCCAAGUAGGCCUAAAGCGCGCAGGGCAGAGUGUGAGGUAGCAAGGGAAGAGGGGACAGAAGUGAAAAGAAGCCUGUGCGUGAUCCUCAGUGGGGAAGUGGAGGGAGACGGGAGGAGUGAGCAGGCAGGAGGCCUGCAGACGGGCUCUGAACCUGCGUGUGAGCAUGCAACCCUUGCAUGCUCAGAGUUCCGCUGCCCUCACAGAGGGCUCAGGCUUGAGAGACGUGCCCUCCAUGGGGUGGAGAGGAGUCCCUGCUCCCCACACUGUCUCAGUGACCUUUCUGCCACUGUACCCACAGCAGAACCACCCCUGGCAUCUCUUUAUGUUUAGAGUCUCCCGGCCUGGAACUCGUUUUCUGCCUGGAUGGCCUAUGCUGUCCCGUGUAAGGAGCGAGGGACUAGAGUCAAUUUUCAAAAACCAAUUCAUUAACCAGUUUGCCAGAGAGCAGCCACCAGGUCGUAGCGACCACUCCAUUCCAGAGCUGGCCAGGGUGUGAGGUGGGCAGCGGUCCCAGGCACCUCCC